GCGCGCCGUCUUCUGGGAAGAGCUUUACGAUACAUUGGCCGUCAUUUUACGACAGAUCAGGGUUGCUUUGUGGCUGUCAGCUUUCCCCAUGCUCUGAGUUGGUAGCCGUAUUAUCCGUGGUGGCAACUUCUACGACGAGGCAGAAAUGAAGCAGAAACGGAAAGGAGAUCUCAGCCCUGCUGAGCUGAUGAUGCUGACUAUAGGAGAUGUUAUUAAACAACUGAUAGAAGCCCACGAACAGGGGAAAGACAUCGAUCUAAAUAAGGUGAAAACCAGAACAGCUGCCAAAUAUGGCCUUUCCGCACAGCCCCGCCUGGUGGAUAUCAUUGCUGCCGUCCCUCCUCAGUAUCGCAAGGUCUUGGUUCCCAAGUUAAAGGCAAAACCCAUCAGAACUGCCAGUGGGAUUGCUGUUGUGGCUGUGAUGUGCAAACCCCACAGAUGUCCACACAUCAGUUUUACAGGAAAUAUAUGUGUAUACUGCCCUGGUGGGCCUGACUCAGACUUUGAGUAUUCAACGCAGUCUUAUACUGGAUAUGAGCCAACCUCCAUGCGAGCUAUCCGUGCCAGAUAUGACCCUUAUCUACAGACAAGACACCGAAUAGAACAGGCCUCAGGGACCUCCUGCAUUUCUGGGAUUCGGCUCUGGUAUUCUGAGAGAAGCCUCACAAAGUGUAUCGGAAUUACUAUUGAGACCAGACCAGAUUAUUGCAUGAAGCGGCAUUUAAGCGACAUGCUGACCUAUGGCUGUACGAGGCUGGAGAUUGGCGUUCAGAGUGUCUACGAAGAUGUCGCCAGAGACACCAACAGGGGCCACACUGUGAAGGCAGUUUGUGAGUCAUUUCACCUGGCCAAAGAUUCCGGUUUCAAAGUUGUGGCUCAUAUGAUGCCUGACCUGCCAAAUGUGGGACUAGAAAGAGACAUUGAACAGUUUACAGAGUUUUUUGAGAACCCUGCUUUUCGUCCUGAUGGUCUGAAACUCUACCCUACUCUGGUAAUUCGUGGAACUGGGCUUUAUGAGCUUUGGAAAUCAGGAAGAUACAAGAGUUAUUCUCCUAGUGACCUAAUUGAAUUGGUGGCUCGGAUUCUAGCCCUUGUGCCUCCAUGGACUCGAGUAUACCGAGUGCAAAGAGAUAUUCCAAUGCCCUUAGUCAGCUCAGGAGUAGAGCAUGGGAAUCUGAGAGAGCUGGCUCUGGCGAGAAUGAAAGACCUUGGGAUACAGUGUCGAGAUGUGAGAACCAGAGAGGUUGGAAUCCAAGAAAUUCAUCACAAAGUACGGCCAUACCAGGUUGAAUUGGUAAGGCGAGAUUAUGUUGCAAAUGGUGGCUGGGAAACAUUCUUGUCAUAUGAAGACCCAGAUCAAGACAUUUUGAUCGGCCUCCUGCGAUUACGAAAGUGUUCAGAGGAAACCUUCCGUUUUGAAUUGGGCGGAGGGGUCUCCAUAGUCCGAGAGCUGCACGUGUAUGGAACUGUAGUCCCUGUGAGCAGUCGGGAUCCUACUAAAUUUCAGCAUCAGGGAUUUGGCAUGCUGCUGAUGGAGGAGGCAGAAAGAAUAGCCAGAGACGAACACGGAUCUGGGAAAAUAGCUGUUAUAUCAGGGGUCGGCACCAGGAAUUAUUAUAGAAAGAUUGGCUACAGGUUACAGGGCCCGUACAUGGUAAAGAUGCUGAGAUAAUGGCCACCCGGUCCACGUUUAUGCAGCGUCCUCCCGGGCAGAGGACGGAGAGUCAGGACUCCUCAAGUUCUCAGCAGAGAGGCCGAACAGAGGAAAUGGACGACAAGGGGCCUUCACCCUCAUCCUUCCGCUGCAGAAACUGGAAACUACUUUCAAGGCGGGGCUGGACAUCUGCUGACCAGGCCCCUGGGCCGCCCUCUCCUGUGUGUACCAAAAAAAAAGUCACUUCUGUUUGUUUGCAAGGCUUAAAUCAUUUAUCCAAUUUCUAAAUUCUGCAUGAGGCCCACAGGUGACCCAUUUUGACUCACAGUGACAAAAGAAAAUCAACUCAUUUGGACACCAUAACUCAUGAAAUAAAACUAUGAUUGUCAUUUGAGGAGCAAA